AUGCAUAACCAAUCUAAAUCAUCACAAGGAAUAUCUCCGACUUAUCAACAAAAACAUCAGUAUCCUCCUCCUCAGCAACAAAACAAUCCGCCAAUAGGCAUGCCUCCAGGCUCAGACGAGAGAGGUCGACCACAAAUACAACAAAUAAAUCCUACACAUCAGAUAGAUAUGCAACAACAUCCACCGCCUAAAAAUAUCAAUGCUAAUACUUAUCCUGGCCAGGUUAAUCAUUCAAUUCCUCCGGUGGAAAGACCUUUGAAUCAAAUAACUAGUAUAGAACAAAUUUGGGUUUGUCAAUUAAUCUAA